AUGUUUCCAAAUACUUUUAUUGCAGGUCAAUUUGUCAUUGCCGUUAUUUUCAUCCUUUCCAAGGUUCUCAACAUAUACUUAUCAUAUCGGUACCCCGUCAAACAUGUCGAAUUCGGACACAGACUUCCAGGUUGCGAUUAUGAAUUUCCCAAUGGUCAGGGUGAUGGUGCCAAAUUCCUUUAUGGAAAGGAGAACAGCGAAUUGUGGGAAUCAAGAUAUGGUUCAAUUUACCAAAUUUGGUCCGGUCAUAAACCAGAAAUUGUUCUCACUCGAGCCGCCGAUAUCCAAGCGGUCUUCAGUGAUUCGGAUAAACACUUCAAGGCUGUCAAUAAUAAUUCAGGAUAUUUGUUAGGUCAAAUCCUAGGUCAAUGUGUUGGAUUGAUCAGUGCUCAACAAUGGAAGCGUGUCCGAUCCAUUGUAGAAAAGCCAUUUCACCGCAGUGUUGCUCCGCGAUACGUACCCAUGAUCGAAGAACGAACUACUUCGUUCUUCCAAGAACUUUGGGACUCUAAAGAUUUGUCACGUGGACUCAUCGAUCCAGCCGACGAUCUAAAACUUCUCCCAUUCUUGAUCGUGGCUGAAGUCGUUUACGGCAAGCUAGCUCCUGAUGUGGAGUCCGAGUUGCGUGCUCUCGCACCGAUCCGUGAAUCCUUCUUCAAGCACGUUAUCUCGGGCGGGCUUACUCGCUUUGACUGGUCAGCUUACCUUCCCACGCAAGCCAAUAAGGACCUUGCAGAUUUUCAAGAAAGAUGGGUCGCAUUCAACGAAUUUGCUUGUCGAAGAGCCAGGGAACAAGGGCUCAACGCCCCCAUCUUGGACUUAUUCGCGGCAAAAGAAACUGGUGAAUUAAGCGAAUCCGAACUGUUGAACACCCUUGAUGAAAUGUUAUACGCCAAUCUUGAUGUCACAAUUGGUGGUGUGAGCUGGAAUCUGGUGUUCCUUUCAUCCGACAUAUCUGUUCAAGAUAAAUUACGAGCGGAAUAUCAAGCUGCCCAGAAAGAGGCGGAUGAAAAUGGUUUGACGUUGGAGAAAUACUUGUCGAGUAGUACGACAUUCCUCGCCGCUUGUGUUUCCGAAGCCUCUCGUCUACGACCCCUCGCCGCAUUUUCCGUCCCACAAAGUAUUCCUACAUCAAGGGUUGUUGGAGGUUAUGAAUUUCCUGCCGGAACAAAUUUCGUCAUUGACUCAUAUGCUUUGAAUAUUCGCAAUUCAUUCUGGGGUGAAGACAAAGCCAUAUAUCGUCCAAGUCGUUUCAUGGAGAGAACUUCAACCCAAUCACGAUAUAACUUUUGGAGAUUUGGAUUUGGUCCGAGGCAAUGUAUGGGAAAGUUUGUGGCGGAUAAUUUAAUAAGGAAUAUCUUGGUACAUCUGGUAAGAGAGUAUGAUUUAUCGUUAUUGAAAACCGAAGAGUGGCAAAGGAAUCCCGAGAUUUGGAUUAAUCAUCCAAAUAUGAAGUUGAGGUGUGUGAAAAGGGAAGGAUUAACUUGA